AAAAAAGAUGUGGUGGUGAGAAUGUUAUAUAUAUAGUGGAUAAGGUUUGGUGACAUGUUGCAUGGUUUCAGACCACCAGAGAGCUUCCCUCUGGAGAAUCAUCAUAUCAUAAUCCAUGGCCGAAUCAUCCUCUCUACGUUGUUUGGUCUCACCAAAUCUCCUGAAUACUAAGAAGAAAGUAUCUCAACGCCCUCAUCUACUUCCGGUUUAUUCUCUCUCAAGGAAACAAGAACCUUCUUCUUCUUCUUCGGCAGCAAUCAAUGGAGGAGGGAACUCAAGAACAGUGAAGCGUCUGAUAACUUUAUCUCCUUCUGAAGGCAAAUGGAACGGUAGCUGGAACACACACUACAAUGUUUCCCUCCGUGAUCUUCACCUCCAAGAUCUUGUUGAAGAUGAUGGCCCUACUAAUCCCCGUGUAGCUGUUGAUCUCUCCGUCCAAAGGCACGCAAGCAUGGGACUUUCAGUAGAUGGAAGAAUAAUAACAUCUUUCUCAAGAAAGUGCAGCAUUUGCUCCUCUGCUUAUCCUCGACUGGUAUAUAUUGACACAACUUUCACUGUCUGGAUCUUGCCAUCAAGUAGGGAGAAUCGAGCUUCAGCACUCCCAGAUAUUGGUGGUGAUGAUCCUUCUGUUAUAUAUGUGAGGCCUGGAUAUGAAGCUAAUCUUGAUUCCCUUGUACAAGACACUAUCAGGCUCACAACUUAUGCUAAAGAUAUAUGCUCGGAUUCCUGCGAAAAAUCGGAACCUACACUGCAUUAUGUUGGAGAGACAAAUACAGCUUCUGUUCAUAAAAGAUGGUCAAGACUACUUGAACUUAAGAGGAAGAAGUAGAAACCUUUAAAUCUUGAAUCUUGUUUAUCAGUUUGUUUUUCAAAGUCUCAUAAAGAUUUCGAAACUGUUCAUAUUCAAACAUAUACCAAAGUAUAAAAAAUAUAAAGCCAAAAAUGUCAUUGUGUUUAUUCAUA